AAAAGCCGGGGAGCUGCAGCUAAUGCCCGGUGCUACACCGAUGGGCUCCACAUGUGCACAUAUUUCCAUACAUUUAGUUCUACUGUGAACCUCAUGUAAGAGCAAACGAAAAGAUGCCGAAGUCUCUGAAGAAGUCCUGUAACGCUCCGAUCAGCAGAUACUUCGCAAAGCUGAGCAGCAGCAACGCCUCCAACAAACAGUAUGGGAUUAAGCAGAAGCCUGGUGAGCACCAGCUUUCAAGAGGCAAGCAGAAACUUUCCUCUGAUUCCUCUGAAGAGGUUGGAGUGCCAACAAAACGAGCAAAGCUUUCUCUACAGGAUCAGCAGGUGGAGGAUUUGGACUGUGAGCCUGCAACCUGCCAGAGCACUAAAGAUACGAAGCUAACAUCGGGUCGAGGGUCAGGCGGCCUCUGCUCCUCCACCCUGGAGAGGCUGAAAGGCUUCAACUUGAUGCCUGAGCCCAGUAUCAGGCACAGUGACACUCAGAGGGUGGAAAAGAAGAUAGAUGGCGCUAGCAGUGAAAUCCGUGACCAAGGAAGCAGCGUUCGGCCUCCCCGGGAUGUUCCUGAUCAACACAGCAAUAAAAACAGACUUCAGCAAGCACAGGGGGAGCAUGGGGAGGAGGAGGAGCAUGAGGAGGAGGAGGAGGAGGUUAAAGAAAUGGACAGUUCAGGGCUGGCUGCUACAAAACAGCAGUUCCUCUUGUCUCAGUUUGCAAAGUCGGCAAGAGGAGGAGGAGGAGGAGGAGGAGGAAAGGGUACAACUGUGAGUCCUCCGUCGGACGCUAGCGCCCCCUCCAGACGCUCAAAAAGCACUUACACUCCCCUGGAACAGCAGGUCAUCCAGCUGAAAGAGAAACAUGAGGAUGCCUUGUUGGCUGUGGAGUGCGGUUACAAGUACAGGUUCUUUGGGGAGGAUGCAGAGAUUGCCGCCAAGGAGCUGAACAUCUUCUGUCAUCUGGAUCAUAACUUCAUGACGUGCAGCAUCCCCACACACCGCCUGUUCGUUCAUGUCAGACGGUUGGUGUCCCAAGGACACAAGGUUGGUGUGGUUAAGCAGACAGAGACGUCUGCGAUCAAGGCCUCAGGAGCCAAUAGGAAUGCUCUGUUUACUCGUCAGCUCAGUGCUCUGUACACCAAGUCCACCCUGGUGGGAGAGGAUGUAAACCCGGUGAGCAGACUGGAGGAUGUGGAGGAGGGGGCCCGUUCUGAUGUGGCGUUGGACCCUGCCGACAGCUUCCUGCUGUGCAUUAGUGAGAACUGGAAUAAAGUGAAGACGCAGCUCACUGUAGGGUUGGUGGCUGUCCAGCCCACCACAGGAGACGUGUUACUUGACUGUUUCCCUGAUGGUCAGUCUCGCUCUGAGCUGGAGGCUCGUGUCCUAAAGAUCAACCCUGUGGAGAUCCUGGUGCCCUCUGACCUCUCCGAACAGACCCACAGACUCCUACAGAGCAUCGCGAAUGCCAGUGCUCAGGCCGAUGACCGAGUGAGAGUUGAGAAGAGAGACAGCGCUCAGUUUGAGUUUGCCUCUGCGAUGAACACAGUCACCGAAUUCUACUGCCACACCCACGAGAAAGGCGCUCGCUCUCUGUCGAGUGUAGUGUCCUUGGAGAGCCCAGUGAUCUGCUGUCUGGGGCCGCUCAUCCAGUACCUCCAAGAAUUCAACUUGGAGAGAGUUCUUAGGAGUGAAAGCUCAUUUCUGCAUCUGUCCUGCAAGUCGGACGGCAUGAUCCUGAAUGCAGCCACCCUCAGGAACCUGGAAAUCCUUAACAAUCAGGCAGAUGGUGGUGUGAAGGGCAGUCUGUUGUGGGUGUUGGACCACACUUGCACUCCGUUUGGGAGGAGACUGAUGAGGAAGUGGGUGAGCCAGCCCCUCACAGACCCACAAUCCAUCUCAGAGCGGCUGGAUGCCGUGCAGGAGAUCUUGGAGUCGGAUUCUCUGGCUAUAAAUUCCACCAGGUCCCUGCUGUCACAUCUACCCGACCUGGAGAGAGGCAUCUGCAGCAUAUACCACAAAAAGUCCUCCACGCAGCAGUUCUACCUCAUUAGUAGCAGUCUUUCACGCCUGGGGCUGGAACUGCAGGCCUUGCUCCCAGCUAUCAAGUCUCAGAUCAGCUCGACGCUGCUCCAUGGCCUCUUGUUGGACACUCCUGAUCUGCUGGCUCCAGCACACAACUUUCUCAAGGUGCUCAAUGAAAAGGCAGCCAAGUCGGGGAAUAAGACCGAGCUGUUCUCAGAUCUGUCCGGCUUCCCGGUGCUGCAGGAAAGGAGAGAGCAGAUCCAGACAGUCCUCAAUGAGAUUCAAGACCACCGAAAAGAAAUCCGACUGACGCUGAAGGCCCCCGCAUUUGACUACACGACCGUCUCUGGACAGGAGUUUCUGAUUGAGGUGAAGAACUCGCUGUCAUCCACUGUACCACCUGAUUGGGUCAAAAUCAGCAGCACCAAGGCCGUCAGCAGGUAUCACUCACCUUUCCUGGUGGAGCGCUACAAGAAGCUGCUGCAGCUCCGGGAGCAGCUGCUGCUGGAUUGCCAGAGGGAGUGGAUCGGUUUUCUGGAUCAGUUUGGGGAGCACUAUCACACCAUGAAAAGGGCUAUUAGUCACCUAGCAACCAUGGACUGUCUCUUUUCGUUGGCUGAGGUGGCUAAACAAGGGGACUAUUGCAGACCAGAGGUGUGUGAAGAUCGGCGUCAGAUCCUGAUCAGGGACGGCAGACACCCUGCCAUAGACUUACUGAUGGGAGAGCACAAUCAGUAUGUGCCCAACCACACUGAACUGCAGGGUGAUGGCAGGAGAACUAUGAUAAUCACUGGUCCUAAUAUGGGGGGUAAGAGCUCCUACAUCCGCCAGGUGGCCCUGAUCUGUGUUAUGGCUCAGAUGGGCUCCUACGUCCCGGCCUCUGAGGCCAGUCUGGGCAUACUGGAUGGCAUUUUCACCAGGAUGGGGGCUUCAGACAACAUCUACAAAGGGCGCAGCACAUUCAUGGAAGAGCUGACCGAAGCCUCGGAGAUCCUUUCCCGCUCAACUGAGCGUUCAUUGGUCAUCCUUGAUGAACUGGGACGGGGCACGAGCACCCAUGAUGGGAUCGCCAUCGCCUAUGCCACCCUGGAGCACUUCAUCAGAGCUGUGAAAGCCCUAGCAAUGUUUGUGACCCAUUAUCCUCCGCUGUGUGAGCUGGAGCGUGCGUAUCCUGAACAUGUGUCUAACUACCAUAUGGCUUUCCUUCUCAACGAACCUGACGUCGCCACUGACACCGAUGAUGGAGAGGUUCAGCCAGAGUUCGUCACCUUCCUCUACCAGCUAACCGAAGGAGCUGCGGGGCGGAGCUACGGUCUGAAUGUCGCUCGAUUGGCUGACAUCCCAGAACCUAUACUACACACUGCUGCUCGCAAAGCCCAAGAGCUGGAGAACACGGUCAAUGCAAGGAGGAAGAGUAAGAAACUUCUCUCAGAACUGUGGAGCAUCUCGGACAGAUCAUCCCUCAUGGAGUGGCAGCAGUCAAGCUCUUGACACAGCUCCAACACCAUCAGACCGCACACGCGAAGAAGAGAGAACCGAGCGGAGUGAGUGAUGAUGCUCAAAGAAGAAUAUACAUGCUCACGGAAGUAAGAAUUGGUUUCAGGAAGGACUCAGCACUGACGGUGUACAGUGGUUGUUCCUGCUGUCUUUGCCAGUGUGCGUGUUUUGGUGCGUGAAAAUAAUUUUAACCAUCUCAGGUUCUGGUUAUAUCGGCUUUGGUGGUUGAAUAAAAAAAAAAAGAAAAAGACAAACUUUUGACACUUGCCACUCUUUGACCUUGAUGUAAGUACUCCACUGAUUUAGUAUUGCACUAUCAUAACAUUGUCCUCAUAUAGUUUAACCCCCCCAGAUCAUUGCCACAGAUGUCAUCCUUUUUGUUCUCCACAUUGUUGGACUUUGUCCCCAUGUGGCGCCUACAUCACCCUAAAAGACCUGUAAACAGACUUUAAUAUGUAAAACCUGUGGGGUUCACAUUCAAGUAAGAACUCCAAUAUGUCUUCUUGCCAGGCAGAAAACGCGAAGGAAACAGAUUUUUAACAUGUUGAGGCAUUAAA